UAUAUGAUGGCUACUAUAACUACUAAAAUUAUUAUCACGUUAGAUUUUUUGUCGUCUAGCAAGUAGAAUCUAGCAUGAAGAGUCCAUUCAGUUAUAACAUAUAAUUUCAUACAAUUCCACAUACAUAUAUAUAAGGAUAAUCAUAUUUGAAAGACAUUGAAGCAAUCGAAGAAAUCAUAUAUUCUAAUUGAUUAAUCAUCAUUAAUUUAUUAUCUCGAGAUAAUGUAGAUAAUAGAACAAUUACAGCAGGGUGGUUUGGUGGCUGCGCCGAGGGUACAUCCCUAUAUAAAGAGUGUCAUCCCUAUACCAGGACGCUCAUUCCAACAACAACCACCAACAGGCUACAACACAAUACCUCAAGUAGAUAGACUUUACUUUUUGAGGACUUGUUGAUAGACUUUACUAUUCUUUUUGAGGACUUUCUUUUCGAUCUGCAACAAUGAGAUCCCUUCUAUCGACAUACAUAUUAAUUUGUAUAUGCUUCAAAUGUAUAAUAUCUUCUUCGCUUGUAACCUCUCUUGAUGGCGACAAAUUAAAUGAAUUUGAGUACAUUUUAAAAAGACAAAGAAUCGAUAAUUCUGAAGGACAAGAUUCGAAAGAACGUCGAAGUGAAAAGGGCCAGUCAUUCAUAAGAUACGGCCGUAGCCAAUCUGAGAACGGUAUGGACACUGAUACGGAAGAAGUGAAAGUUGAUAGACAUCCACGAUGGAAAUCGCCGGAUAUUGUUAUUCGAUUUGGUCGAUCGGAUAUAAAAAAUAUUCAUCCUGGUCGAUUCUACGAAGAAGCAAACACUUUGAAUAUUAUCAGGAACGAAUUAUACUCUAUAUGCUCGGAUAUGUUAGCGGCUGCAACGAGUGGUAACAAGGACGAACGAUCUUACAUACCAAGGAUAUUACGCUUUUGUAAUACGAUAGGAGAAUGAAUAAAUUGAAGCAUACGUACACACACACAUAAAUACAUACAAACAUAUAUACAUAAGUGCGGUACUAUAUAUCGGCAUUACACGACUUCUAUGCAAUUUUGCGGAAAAAAACUCGAAAGAAAUCAUAACUAAACGAACUUAUGAUUUUUAAUAUAAACGAUUAAAUUAAUUCAACAUGAUUAUUUUGUUAUUAAUUUUCAAAAAGAUUCAGCAAAUAUCUUGUGAUCGAAUUGAUUUAUAAGGUAAUUAUUUAUUUGAAGAAGUUGCAUCAAUGAAUAUUUUCACCUAUUUUAUAUAAAUCUUUGAGAUUUUUAAUAGAUAUUAUUUUAAAUAUAUUUCCUUGCUAUUAUAAAAUAAUAAUUUAACAUGUGUUAUAAAAUAAAAAAAUAUUUAACGUAAUUGUUGUAUUAAAUGUACCCAAUAUGUAUAAAGAGGUCUAUUUCAAUUGUCGCGCGUUUUCAUUAACUCUCUGGUAGU